AUGCUGCCGGAUGCGCUGGUACGACGCGGGCACGCUCUGGUCAAUGUGGACCCUCAUGACGGGCGGCCGCGUGGCCGUGGGCCCCUUGCGCCGGAUGGUGUGGUCGAAGAUGACGACCUCCUCGAGGCCGGGGACAUGCUUCUUCAGGAUGUCCUUGAUCUCUGGGUAGUACUCGCGCUCGAUCUUGGCGUCAUCGGUGAACUCCUUUUCGGUGGAGGGGACGUCAAGGACGGGCUGGAAGGCCUGCUUGUCGAGGUUGAAGUCGGCCUCGAGGCCGCGGAGGUCGUGGAUGGUGACGGUGUGUGGGAUGUCGAUGUAGUUUUUUUGGGGGCCGGUGGCGCGGGGUUCGACGAAUAA